AUGGCUGAGACUACUGCUGAAAUUCCAACCUUGGUGAUUCCCGACACCCCUCAGUUCGAGAGUCAAGAUGGGCACGGACAGGGUGAGACCUUUUACGGUCACGACACCAAGGAGGAUGGAGAGAACGAGCAGGGUGAAGUUGAAGUUCCUAGUGCUCAGCAAGACCCGUCUGAAGGUUUGGCAGGGCCAGCGCCCACUGCACUGGAAGAAGGUGAACAACCAGGGUCCAGCCCAAAGGAGUCACAGAUUGUGGCUGGUGACACUGACGCUCUUCGCCGCAGUGAUGCUAUGACUGAAGAGGACUUGCAGCAGAUGGAGGAGCUGAACUUUGGUACUUGCAAAAAGUGCGGCCAAGAACAGGAGUUGGACCAGUGUGUGGUGCGAGGGCCCUCAGAGAUGUGGUGUUUGGCCUGUAAUGCCAUUUACGUCAUGUUGAAGAGGAACAUGCGUUGGCCUCCCAAGGAGUUCGAAGGCAUGGAUGAUGUGGCCCAGCAGCAGUUCUUUCUGCGAUGCCAGAAAGAAAAGGAGGCGGCUAAGAAAAGCCAAUUUGCUUACAGCCGGGUCCGAGAGACUCUGACCCGAGUCCUCGUGGAUGAGCAGAUUCGUUUGAAAAAAAUCGCUGUUGGAGGAACGUAUCUGCCGCUCAGCGUGUACCGCCAGCGUGGAUACAUCAUCGACAGUGACUUUGAGAAUCGCAACCCCAAACAAUGGUCACACGGUCUGAACGACUGGACGUUUUUGUUGGUGGAAACCAGUAUCCAUGAGGAAGACAUCAAAUCCACCAUUGAGAAAUCCAUCACUGAGUGCGAGAAGAACAUCCGGAAGAGAAAGCAAGAGGCUUUGACAGAGAAGAACCCAGAGGAGUUGGAAGCCAAGAGUGCCAGGACGGACAUGACAGUUGUGAUGGAUCUGGUGUCGGAGUCGGAAGACGAAGGAACAAAGGCGAAGGAGCAGGACAGCAAGAAAGACAGCAAGAACCUGACUGGCAAGAAGUUGGAAGCGCACUUGAAGCGUGAGGCUGCCAAACAGCAAAAGGAAGCAGCUGCAGCUGGGAAAAAGGCUGAGGCCGAAAGAAAGAAGGAAGCAAAGAAAGCCACCAAGGUUUCCUUUAGCUUAUCCACCAAGAACUGCAAGGCUUUGACCACCGCAUGCACCACCGCUGAGGAUGUGCUCCAGAAAGCUAACAAUGCCGGCCUGGCAACUCAGGAUCAGGUCAAAAAGCUGAGCGAACAGCUGGAGAUCGUUGAUGGCAGGCGCAAGGAUUGUGUUCAGGCUUUGGGCCACAUCAGCAAGAACCACAAAGGUGAGCUGGCAGCUUUCGAGUGGAACCAACGCGAGUGCACUUUGGAGUUGAAAGACUUAGGUACCCUCACGAAAGAGGUCAGAAAGAUCAGAUCACUGCUGAGUUUAAGAAGGAGCAGCAAGCGGAGAAGGCAGCCGGAAAGGCAGCCAAAGCUGGCGCUUGAAAGUGUAGCUAUAGCUAGGGUUUUUUUCAUCGUUUUGAAACAAGCGAUGAUGGGUAUAUACACGCAAUAUAGUGUAGAUCUUUCUCAAGAUGGAACAUUGCUAGUUGGGGUGUCUUUAGCAGUGCGGUGUGUGACCUGCAUACACCAAGAGUACCAUAGAUCAUUGGCGAUGGCAGGCUCAGGAGCAACCAAUUAA